UCCGUCAUCGGAAAGACUCGAGUCCAGCCGAAUUUCGCCUCGCCGUGACACCAGCAACAACAAAAAAUCCGUGGCGAUCGCGCUUGAAAAAGUUUUCAGCGCUGCGUAUUUCUCUCGAUACGUGUGAUACCCUGCUCGUCCCACCCUUCAACGUCUCCGUCUCUCCAACGGGGUGCUAAGUCUCAUCGGCAACACGUCGCCGUUUCGUCCAGGAUUCGGCGGCCCGUCGACGACGCGAAACUGCCCAGGUACGCAGGAGUUAUAGGGCAACCUCGGCGCGCACAAUGGCGGGAGAGCAGCAGCAGUUUUUUCUCAAGUGGAACGACUUCCAGUCGAACAUGGUGUCGUCGUUCAAGCACCUGCGUGACGAGAAAAGCUUCACGGAUGUGACACUGGCUUGCGACGGUCAGACCUGCAAGGCCCACAAGAUGGUCCUGUCCGCCUGUAGUCCUUACUUCAAAUCCCUGUUAGAGGAGAAUCCGUCCAAGCAUCCGAUAAUAAUUCUAAAGGACGUCGCAUACAGCCACCUGCAAGCCAUCCUGGAGUUCAUGUACGCGGGGGAGGUAAACGUCUCCCAGGAUCAGCUGCCGGCGUUCCUCAAAACGGCAGAUCGGCUCAAGGUCAAAGGACUGGCCGAAGCGCCCGGUGCCAUCAAGAGAGAAGGUUAAAGACACGCACGCGAUCACGGUCUUUGAAAAGCGUGUGGACUGAUGAAAAAAAAGAAACAGUGUAAUAAUGUAAAGUGAUUGCGCGAAACACAUGUGAGACACAAAAUGCGACACAUACUACGCACACGCUACACAUACACGUACCUAUACACACACAUACACACACGAUAUACUAAUAUAGAUAUAUGUAAAAAGGAUGAACAAGACACUGCGUGUGCACGACUCAAGGUCCUCUGGUUCAUGACUUGGAUCAACACACGGCGUGGCGAUGUAAUAUAUAUAAUGCCUUUCUCCUUAAUCUCAGUUGAAACGUUAAAAAACUGUAUUGUAUCGUAUGCGUGCAUACAGAUAGGAGGCGAGAUGUUGAUGUUUGUCUUGAACCCAUUGCGCCACAUUGCGUUGCGGCGGCAACAAUAACAACAACAACAACAAUAAUAACAACUGAUUAUUUUUUUAAAGCGAUGCGCCGCGAAGCACCGAGUGAGUCGCGAUAGUUUACGAUGCACGCUGAUAUUGCGGCGGUCUUGAUGGAUCAGUCGGCAGAUACACGAGGAUGCACCAAGCCAUCCUGUAUUGUACAACGCCCGUUUUUUCAUGCCGAUCUACCUGACUCCAUAGCACACGUCCUACCUAUCGGUUUCCUCUCUACUCGACAGAUCUGUUCACGAAGCAUCGUUGUCUCUCGCCGUCUGUUCGUCACGAAAUCCUUAAAGAAUCGCGGCAGCGUUCUGCCGACAGGAAUCUCGUGUCUUCACAGAUAUUGAUGCGUGCUCUUUAUCUGUGGAAUAUCUUGAUCGCAAGAAAUAGAUGGUAGUUGUUAUGAUUUCAUCUUGCGCGAAAUCGCGUGCGGAUUUCGAAGAGUGAAUCGUUGCAUCAUCGUCCGAUCGGUUCUGUUCUGCAUUCGUCGUGGAUAGAUCUGCAAAACACCCUUCUCCCGGCAAAUCAUCUGAGAAAUCUGAUCAAAUCAGGUUUACUGGAAGUAGUAACGUGCGCGUGUCCACACUGUUAACAUGUAACGUUUGCUUUUCCGUCGGUGUCCGCGAUGAGAGACGAAAAUGUCUCUGGAUUCCGGCAUGGGAUGUAAAAAGGAAAAGAAAAAGAAAUGCGAAAUGGAAUUGUUCGUAACAGCAAGCAUGAUAUCGACCCCCGAGUACGAGUUACCUCUUCUAGUGAUCAUGAUUUCUACUUAACCAAAUACUGCCAGUAUUUGUACCGGCGUAUUCACAAUAUUACCGAUAUAGACCAAAUUUAUUUAUGAUAAUAAUAUAUUAAUGGUUGAAUGUCUUGAAUCUUGAGGGAAGGUUAUUGUAAUAUAUGCGAAGUAAAUUUUUGUAAAGUCGGA